AGCUCCGCAUCUGUGCUUCUUCAUAGAGACAAAGCUGUUGCAGCGGGUGGUAAAGUAAAGCUUCAGGGGUGCCCCGUUUGUAUUUUAUCGCCACUCUGCUGCAGUGCUGGUGUAUGUGUGUGUGUGUGUGUGUCAGCUGUAGCCUACGUGCAAACUUGCUCGGGCAGCGAUAUAAGCCGCACGUAGACGGCAGGGGCCGCGUAUCGGACUGCCGUGAUCAAAAUAUAGUCCCUAGGGAGAGUGGGGUUUUUGUUACACUCGUGAUUUUAUCGCUCUUCUGUGGAUUUUCAGCUGUAAUUGCGGGCAUGACGUUAGACCAAAGACAUAUGAGUAAAAGAAAAAGACAAGGACUGUCGAGGUUUAGGAGGAGAUCAUGGAUAAAACUUUGCACAUUCUCCAGAAAUCCUCAGACGGUGUACCGACUGGGAUCUCCUUGGAUAUGAGUUUAAAUAUGGACGAAGGGGAAGAUUUCACGGAACAGCCGAUUGUGGGGCUGACGGACAAAAUACCUCUGGUGAAACCUUAUUUCAAGAAGAAACAGAGGAAACUGGAUGCCAAAUGCCUUCACCGCGCCCUGGAGGAUCCCAUACUGACCUCUUUACUAAGCACGGAUACUCUGGUCUCUGGGGACGGGGUGUUCGUUCCCCGGAACCAGUCGGGUCGGACUCCGGGCAAUCUGUGCACAGCCGCUGUGGUGAAACAGAACUGUGUGGGCCAGGUGUGUCUCAAAGGCCCCACAGCUGCUGAAGAUGCCACAGUCGCGACCGGAGAACCGGGGUUGAUAAGCCGGGACGUUGAUGUGGAAAUAACCGAUACUACUGCGGAGCUGGAGGAGACGGUGAGGCGAGGGGAGCGAGCUAAGAUCUCCGAUUCUACACCCGACUGUUUUCAGCUGAAACCUGGCCUCAGGGCUGCGGGGAGCACAGACACAAUCGCAACCCCCUCCAGGGAUAUACCUCCCAUAGUUGCAACCCAGGCUCCUGACCAGGAGGGGGCCAUCAAAAGCAAAGACCUCUUAACCUCUGGGGGUAAAAAUCUUCCAGUCAAAGACUGCACUGGAAUUCAGGAUCCCCAUUCCCUCUUCCUGCAGCCUGAUAAAGGAGUGCUAUUUCAGGAUAAAAGUGAAGAAGCCUCCUUGGACCUGGUUUUUGAGCUGCUCACUCAGCUCCAGUAUCACACGCACCAGCUAGACUCAGUGGACAUUUGUGUUAAUUUCCUUAGAGGUCAGUGUGUUUAUGGCAAUGACUGUGCCCAUCACCAUACUGUCCUGCCAUACCACUGGCAGAUCCGCAAGAGCAGCAGCCAGACAUGGCAGAGCAUAGCAGAUGACUCCCAGGAACAGCUGGAGAGACUGUACUGCAACCCCGACAAUGAGCAAGUCAGGCUCAAAUUUCAGGGCCGAGUGUUUGCCCUAGACUUUGGGACGAUGAGAGUUUGUGACCUUGAGUUCGACUGCGUCCGACGGCUGACCACUCCCCCCAGCCCCCUACCCAUGCCUGCAACAAACCCAAACUCCACCCCCAGCUGUCACACAGUGUGGAAAUACUACUGCAGAGACAACUUUGGCUGGAGGGAGUACUCUGAGCCGGUGGUGAAGCUCAUAGAGGAGGCGAGUUCAAGGGGUCUUAAGGAAGUGCGAUUCAUUACGCUGCAGAAUCAGUAUAUCCUCAACAUCAGGGAGGGCUUCCAGCAGAAUGCAGUCUUCGGGUUCAGACGUCAGAUCAAGAAGCGGCCUAUGUUCAUGUCAUCCGUUAUGCUUACACCACACCUACAGACUUUGGGCGGCCUCUCUUUAUCUCCUCUCCCCGCCUCUUCCUCGUCUGUAUCCGCAUCCACUGAUCCCUCCACGUCACAUCCCCUCUCGCCAACAACCACCAACCCAACCAGCCUUUUUCCAGAAACAUGGUUGCCAAUGACAAUGAGCCAGGACUUCCUGCGGGUACCCGUGUCCCGUGAAGACCGCAGCUACAGAACGGUGUACAGUCUGUUCCACAAGACGGUGUCGGAGACCAAAUUCAGGAUCAUCAAAAUCCAGCGUGUGCAGAACCCUUUCCUCUGGGAGAAGUAUAAGAGGAAGAAGGAGUACAUGGCACGCCGCAUGUCAGAGAUGGACCGGCUGCUCAGCGAGCGGCACCUCUUUCACGGCACCUCAGCUGACGUAGUUGAGGGUAUUUGCAAGCACAACUUUGACCCGCGAGUCUGCGGCAAGCACGCCACCAUGUUUGGCCAGGGUUCUUACUUCGCCCGUAAGGCCGUCUACUCCCACAAUUUCUCCAAACGCUCACCCAAAGGAGUUCAUUGCAUGUUCCUGGCCAAAGUCCUCACUGGCAGGUUCACUGUAGGAAAUCCCUCCAUGCGACGACCUCCACCCAUCAACCCCCGUGAUGCUUCUAGUGACCUUUAUGACUCCUGUGUGGACAACUGGGUGGACCCCCAGAUCUUUGUCAUCUUCAAUGACGACCAGAGCUACCCUUACUUUAUCAUUCACUACGAGGAGGUACCGAGCACAGUCACCGUAUAAGCCCUACGUCAUGACUUGUAUUUGCAAAUGUUUUCUAUCUGGAUGCGGUUUGUUAAAGUGGUAAAUGGAUGGAAUUUAUAGACUAAAAUGAAAAUGAACAAUUAGCACCAAUAAAGUUGGCAUUGGUGAUUUGAAGAGUUGUUGAAUAAAACUCUUAUUAGAAUGACUUAAUUCAAUUUCAGCCAUCUAGUACUUUAAACUGGUAAAACCAGACUAAGAAACAUUUGCAAAUACUCAACGAUCCGGGUCUGUAGUAAGCUGGAUUCAGCCAGACUGGACUUUAUUAAGGAACAGUGGACCCGGUUCAACUGGAAAAACUGGAUUAUCAAAGGACAACACCUGUUUCAUCCAGUGUUCAGAGGUGGAUAACAACUAAAACAGCUGCAACUGACUUACGUGGACUCAUAUACCAUGCUUUAUUAACUAGUAUGAACCAGGAGCUCAGUGAUGAUCAUCACUGGGCAAAAGUGGAUUUUACUUAUUUUAUUGAUUUGGAGCAGACGCAGGAACAAAACCAGGCCUUGUCCCGUUGUUAUGACUUCAUUGUACAACUGUACACAAGCUUGUUUCAUCAUCAGGACAGACACUGUAGUAGACAUUUAGCGUCCAGCCAGUACUGUGAAUGACCAUCUGUCCAGAUUAAUAUUUUAAUGAUAAGCCACCAACCAAUCAGACACCUCCAUGGAGACAACCUGGCAAAUUUCACCCUUAUGUCAUUCUUUCACUAAUUAUAGUGAGUGCUUACCCAGUCUCCAGCCCAUUUUUAAUUGUCUUUUUUUUUCAUUAUUAUUAUUCAUUUCUGUGCCGUGUGUUAAAAUCUUUUAAUUUGGUGGACAUUAAUCUUGUGGCCUAUUCAGUCAAACAAUGGAAAUGAGUCUUAGACAUCCACAUACUGUAAACCUCCUGGCAGAGGAUUCAAAUGAAGCUGCCCCUAGUUGCUGUCUUUUUGCUUUUGCACCCACUACUUUGGUUUCUCUCAGGUGGGGGGAUAUCGAAGAGUGUACAGAUUGAUGCUGGGACUUAAUGCUGCAGCAGCAGCUGAAGUGCUGCAGUGUUUUUUCAAGAAAUCCACUGAAGCUCAUCUCUUUGGACCGCUCUCUUGUUCAGAGACAGUAGAUUUAUUUGUUUGUUGUUUUGUUUUUUUUUUUUUGUUUUUUUUUUGGUUUGUUUUUU